UAGACUAUUAAAAAAAAAAGAAAUAGAAACCUUGACAAAGAGAAAAGAAAAAAAAAACUAUCUCCUUGAUUAAUUUUCGUUGGUACAUUUUGAAAGAGUGAAAAAGGCAUUUAUCUUAGGAUGAAGUGUCUAAGUACCUCUAGAGUACAAAGAAUUUACCUUUAGCUUGUUCUGGCUAGCCUCAAACUCUAUAUUUUACUUCCACAGCCAUCUUCUUUUAUUGAAAACAUGUUGAAGUAGUUUCUUUUUCCUUUAGUCACCGGAAACGAGUAAGUUCUUUAGUAAGACAUCCCCAGAAUGCAUGUAAUGAAAAAUGUCUAAAUGUUUCAACAAACUUCCUUGAUAACAUGCUUUUGCGAAGUUCAGGAAAAUUAAAUGUGGGCACCAAGAAAGAGGAUGGUGAGAGUACAGCCCCCACCCCUCGUCCAAAGAUCUUGCGUUGUAAAUGCCACCACCAUUGUCCAGAAGACUCCGUCAACAAUAUUUGCAGCACAGAUGGAUAUUGUUUCACGAUGAUAGAGGAAGAUGAUUCUGGGAUGCCUGUGGUCACUUCUGGAUGUCUAGGACUAGAAGGCUCAGAUUUUCAAUGUCGGGACACUCCCAUUCCUCAUCAAAGAAGAUCAAUUGAAUGCUGCACAGAACGGAAUGAAUGUAAUAAAGAUCUGCAUCCCACGCUGCCACCACUGAAAAACAGAGAUUUUGUUGAUGGACCUAUACACCACAAGGCCUUACUUAUAUCCGUGACUGUCUGUAGUUUGCUCUUGGUCCUUAUAAUUUUAUUCUGUUACUUCAGGUAUAAAAGACAAGAAACGAGACCUCGGUACAGCAUUGGGUUAGAACAGGACGAAACUUACAUUCCUCCUGGAGAGUCCCUGAGAGACUUAAUUGAGCAGUCUCAGAGCUCAGGAAGUGGAUCAGGCCUCCCUCUGCUGGUCCAAAGGACUAUAGCUAAGCAGAUUCAGAUGGUGAAACAGAUUGGAAAAGGCCGCUAUGGGGAAGUUUGGAUGGGGAAGUGGCGUGGUGAAAAGGUAGCUGUGAAAGUAUUCUUCACCACCGAGGAAGCCAGCUGGUUCCGAGAGACAGAAAUAUAUCAGACAGUGUUGAUGAGGCAUGAAAACAUUUUGGGGUUCAUUGCUGCAGAUAUCAAAGGGACAGGGUCCUGGACCCAGCUGUACCUGAUCACAGACUAUCACGAAAAUGGUUCCCUCUAUGAUUAUCUGAAGUCCACUACGCUGGACACUAAGUCCAUGCUGAAGUUAGCCUAUUCUUCUGUCAGUGGCUUAUGUCAUUUGCACACCGAAAUCUUUAGUACUCAAGGCAAACCAGCAAUUGCCCAUCGAGAUCUGAAAAGUAAGAACAUCCUGGUGAAGAAAAAUGGAACUUGCUGUAUAGCUGACCUGGGUCUGGCUGUUAAAUUUAUUAGUGAUACAAAUGAAGUUGACAUCCCGCCCAACACUCGUGUUGGCACCAAACGCUACAUGCCUCCAGAAGUAUUGGAUGAGAGCUUGAAUAGGAAUCACUUUCAGUCUUACAUCAUGGCUGACAUGUACAGUUUUGGACUCAUCCUUUGGGAGGUUGCUAGGAGAUGUGUUUCAGGAGGUAUAGUGGAGGAAUACCAGCUUCCCUAUCAUGACCUCGUGCCCAGUGAUCCCUCCUAUGAGGACAUGAGAGAGGUUGUGUGCAUCAAGAAGCUCCGGCCCUCCUUCCCCAACCGGUGGACCAGUGAUGAGUGUCUAAGGCAGAUGGGGAAACUCAUGACGGAAUGCUGGGCUCACAACCCUGCCUCAAGACUGACGGCCCUGCGUGUUAAGAAAACACUUGCCAAGAUGUCAGAGUCCCAGGACAUUAAACUCUGAUUUGAGGGGAAAAAUAAGCAUCUCUGGAGAAAGCCAGUCGAUAUCCUUCUGUUUGUGGGCAGAGCAAAAAAUAUUCCAGAAGCAUCCACAGUACAAGCCUUGAACAUGGUCCUGCUUCCCAGUGGGUUCAGCCUCACCUCUCAGGGCACAGCCCGGACAAAGAGAAGCUCCCGGAAACACGGAGUCACCGUGUCUGUCUGUAGGAGGGGGAAGCCGCUUGGGUAACCUGUUCAAGAUAUGAUGCAUGUUGCUUUCUAAGAAAGCCCUGUAUUUUGGGAUUGCCUUUUUUUCCCCCAAAAAGAUGCUUUAAUUUUGCCAAAACAAAACAAAUAACAUAGAUGUUUUAAGGUUUAUAGUUUAAAUAGUAGCAACAAAAAUUCUUCCCAGAAACUCUGCUGGAAGGUAAAUUAAAAUAUGUGUUUUUCCAUUGGUAAAAUUUGUUGCACUCUACAAACCAAAAGCCAGUCUAUGAAAUUGGAGAACAUAGAAUGGAACUCAUCCUAAAAGCCCCCCACCCUUGCUGCCUCAGACCACUUGGCCAGCCCUGCCUUGGAGGCUCACACAAUGUGAAUGCACCUGAGUACAGAUGCCACCUGUCUGUGCCCACAUUUUGGGAUUCCUGCAGGUGACCCUUUGCAGCUUUAGAAGAUAUGGAACAAAUGAAGAUUUUAUGUGACUGCAUUGGAAGUAAGUGUUGAAGCUAUUCUUCAAAACCACUUUGUGUUUCUGAUUCUGUUAGGCAUUUCUUUCAUGGUAAAAUCCCUUCCUUUUCAUUAAGCACAAACAAAGCUUUUUUAUGUGCAGAGAAUUGACCCAUGCAUGUUUUUGAUUUCUCAAAUGAAAGGAUCAAUAUUAAAUAAAAUUUCCAUCAGUUGUGUUGAAGACAAGGCGCUUUAAAAUAGAGAUAAUUUGCUCUUGUGUUGUAAGAAGAUCGUGUCAACAAGGUAGGGGAUGAGGGUGGGUGCACAUGGCCUGUUUCUUAUGUAUGCAGAAGAGCCCAUCUCAGAAGCACAGGGAAAAAGGAUGCACACUUUAUCUUAUACAGAUAAAGACGGUUUCUUUUUGUUAUUGUCUGUCUUUUUGUGUGUCAGAGUUAAGGGAAGGAGAAGAAGGAUAUGUCAGGUUAAUUUAACUAAAUUUUAAUUUAAAAAUAGAUAAAUAUAACCUCCAAAUGGGACAGCAGAGGCGAGCUAGUGGAGGCCACAAAAUAUUAUGGCUGCUGUGAUUUAUUAUUCUAUGAUAGAUGUGGAUCAAAUAUGUACAUCUUAAGUGAUAAGUUCACAUCCUAGGAAUGCUGACUCAGUUUAUUUUAUUUUCAUGGUGUUCAAUUCACUUUUUAAUUUAUUAUUUUUUCUUCUCUGUGGCACUUAUGCAAAACAUCUCUUCACUCAGUUCUAUGGGGUUUUAACUUUUGAGCAACAUGAGUCAAAUCAUUGACAGGGCCAAUAUUACUUAGCAACAGGAACAUAAAGUUUAAAAUUGUACACAUCCCUCUCAACUUUAUUCAUUUCCAUUUUGUUGCUGUGGUUUUCUUUUGCUUCUUAAAAAUUCUGUAGAAUUGGGAAGUAGUUCUCCUUGGCCUUUUUAAAAAAGACGUUCCUUCCAGAAUACUCCAGGGGGCAGUGUUUUAUAACACAUUUUCACCACUUGGUGACAGAGAUGGAGGGUUUUUGAACAUUUGACAGCUGCAUGAAAAACGAGAGGAUAUUUUUCUCACGUCUGAAGUAGGCUUGCAGCUGGUGGCUUGUGUGUCCAGAGACCAUCCCAGAGCAGAGAGCAGUUGUGAGCUGUGCCCACAGUUUGGGAGAAUCAUGAGGCGAAACACUGUUCUAUACUCAGCAUUCACUUCUCAGCGUUUCAUAGCCACAUUUUGUUUGUAACAAAGAAAGAAGAUUUUCUUAAUCGUUGAAUAU